AAAGAAAAUACUUUGAACAAUUAUUCAAUUAUUAUUCAAUAUUCAAUUCAAUUUCACAGUACAACAAUAAAAGACAAGGAAGCACAAUAAUAGCAUUGUUAAACAAUACAAAUUUCCAUAUAAUUGUUUGGACAAAAUCAAGUCAACAGUGCAAAAUAAGUAAAAAACUAUUGUCUGUCUUUGGCUUUUUGCCCCAGAGCCCUCCUGUGUCCAAGAACUUAUUCCCUGAAUUUGCACACAAUAUAACAAUAUGAACAACACAACAGAAAACACACACACACACACACACACACACACACACACAAUACUUGUGAAUAUAUACUGUAUGUAGAAUCUAGGGCUGUCAAAAAUAGCAUGUUAACGCGGGUAACUCAUUUAUUUCAUUAAUUCCGUAAUUUUUUUUUGCGUAAUUAACGCAUACGCAUCAUGACAAGAGAUGCCUCUCUGUUAUGACGACAGACGGCGGCACAGUGUAGCUCCACACAGAGUCAGACGCUCUUUUAUAACUUUAUUCUGACCUGAGCACAUCAACAGUAGUAUAUGUAUCUCCAACUCACAAACACGCCUCGAGUCCGUUUAGCCUCGGAACGACACUUACUCAUUGUCACACGAUGGAUUCAGGGACACACCGAACAUCACAACAACGUCUUUAUUAUGGGUGUAUGUGUGGUCUAAAUAAACAGCAAGACAAAGAAAAACUAUAAGUGGAUAUUCGUAUCACCUACUUUGUAACUCUAAAUACGGAAGUACAAUUUUCUGCAACUAAGUAUGCUCGGAAACCCCAGAAAAUAACUCAAAACAUGUGAACUAAACUUAAGUUACGUGGCGUCUUUGAACGCAACCCCUCAUUACUCAUUAUAACACGGUUAAAGUGUGAUUCAAAUGUUCUGCUAUCUGCUAACUAGUGUUAGGCAAAUAGAGUUUCAGACAUGUGCUAUCUUUUAGCUUGAUUUAAAUUUUCAGUUAAUUUGGAGCUGUUAAUACAUGCAUAUAUAUUAUCCUGUCCUGUCUUUUACCUUUCUUUCAUUAAAAUACUGUAAAAAUUGGCAUAUUUCAGACAUAGUUGCAAAUGGUGAUUAAGCAUGAUUAAUUUGAAAACUGAUUAAUCUGAUUAAAAUUUGUAAUCAUUUGACAGCCCUGAUAGAUACUGAAAAAUGGCAAUCUUCAUCAGGCUAGUACUGAUCCGAUACUGACGCUACCCUUGGUAUCAAUACUAUCGAUAUUUGGAUCGAGCCGCCUACCGCCUCCAAACGUGCUGUACUUCACUGUAACCUUAUAUACUAAAUGUUCUAUAUAAACAAUUACCGUUCUUGUCUUCAGUUGAAUAAAGAGCAGUGUGAAGCUGUGAUGUCAAUAUUUUUGUUAACGUUAACAUAAACAAUAUUUGGUUACUAAUAUUACAACAGGCAUGCGAGCAUAGCUUUUCACUUCCUUCUAGGGACUUUCUCCUCUGUUCACUUCCGUCAUGAAAUAAUUCUAGCAUAUACAAAGGAGAAAGUAUAAUAGUUUUUCUGUCCCCCCCCCCCCACGAGUUACAUUUCCCUUUUUAUCUAAAGGAAGCCAGUGUGAACGUACACAAAGGUCAGUGCAUCAACGCCACAUUUCUGAACCAAUGACGAUGUUCUGCUCGCUGCUGUCUCUUCUGGUGUGUCUGAGUCCUGCAGCUCUGCUGUCUGACGUCACUGCUGCGUGGGAAGGCCACGCGCAGGACUACAAACAUGGCCGACCAUACGAAGAGCUGAGCAACAGUUUGCCUUGUUCAUGGAAGUGUCUCACGUUCACGCUGCAAUGGCCUGCAGGCUUCUGUCAGUCUCUAGACAACAUUUCUCUGUGCAAGAUUCCUCCCAGUGUCAACACGUGGUUGAUCCACGGCCUGUGGCCCAUGAAGGCGCUGAGAUGCUGCAGCUGCUGGCCCAUCUUCUUGUCUGACAUUCAGGAGGUGCAGGAGUUUCUGGAAGAACAGUGGCCUUCUUUAAUCAAAAGCAGAUCCAACUUCCAUUUUUGGAAGGAGGAGUGGGAGAAACAUGGAGUGUGUGCGGCGUGCGUGGAGGGAUUGAACUCUCCGCUCCAAUACUUCCAGACAUGCCUGAAACUGCGGCAACACUUCGACCUGCAAAAAGUACUGGAGGAUGGUGGGAUCAGGCCGUCCUGUGAACGACCCUAUAAGCUGUCUGAGGUGUUGAACGUUCUGGUUCCUCUAAUUGGCGACAAGUGUGAGAUCCAGUGUGUCACAGACGACCAGGAACGGGAGGUGUGGUUUCAGGUGAAGAUUCGUCUGUCUCGCAACAUGACUGUGGGCUGUGCUCACCAUGACUACAACCUGGGGACCACACCCAUCUCCAAAGGACACCCCUGCCCAUCUGAGGGCUCUUUCUACUUCUUCCCCAUUGACCACCUGCGGCCGCUGCAACCCUGCGAAUGACAACACAGCGCCAGAAGCUGCUUCCACACCACGGCAACCUCGUACAAGUUAAUACUUACACAAAUGUGACAUACAUGACGUUUCCUAUUGUUCCCUUUUACAAGCUGAUUAAAAAA